GAUGGCGGGCGAGGCGCUGUCGCGGGUGCCGGACGUGCAGAUCGAUGGUGAUGGUGUCUUCAAGUACGUGCUGGUACGGGUGCGCGGGGCCGGCGCGCCCGCCAAGGACGUCGUGCGAGGUCACGGUUGGGCCGAGUACCACGGUGAGGGGCCCGACUUGUUUGAGCGCACCGCGGAGGAGCUGGCGCGGCACGGCCUGAGCUGCGAGUGCCUGGGCGGCGGCCGCCUCUCCCACCGCCCCGAAGAGAGGAAGAUCCACGUCUACGGGUACUCGGUGGGCUUUGGACGAGCUGACCACGCUGUGACCACAGAGAAGCUGAAGGCCGAGUAUCCUGACUAUGAGAUCACCUGGGCGGAUGAAGGGUACUGACUCCUCUGUCUGUGCUGCCAGCCCAGAGCUGGCACAGUUGUACACAGCGCUGGGGUGAUGGCAGCAGGCUCCCCGUGUUCAGCGGUGCUCCAGGCUCUUCUGAUUUUUCCCUCUGUGUUGAACUGACUCGUUCUCCACUGUCUAGACUGUUCUCGUGUGGGGUGCUCCCAGCUCCCUAGCAUGGCAAAGCUGGUGAAGCCAGUGGUUGCUCUGCCCCAGCCUCCUGGUGCCACAUGUAUCUGUGAGA